AUGUCUAAAAAAGAUAACUAUAUUAUAAACAUUGAUACCAAUCUCGAUGAUUCUGCUGGAAAUGUGGAGCCCAUAACUUCAAUCCGUACGGUUAGAUCGAAAACAGGAGAAGAUGUAAAUUACAUCAACGCCAAUACGGCGCACGGCGAUGAAGCGUUAUUGGCAGAAAUCGGUUAUAAACAAGAAUUAAAAAGACAAUUUAGCACAUUUCAAGUUUUUGGUAUUGCCUUCUCUAUCAUGGGUUUAUUGCCAUCAAUUGCAACAGUUUUAGGUGGUGGGUUAACUGGGGGUCCAGUCACAUUAAUAUGGGGGUGGUUCAUCACAGGUGGUUGUAUUUUAACAAUUGGUAUUUCUUUGGCACAGUCUGCAUCAGCUUGUCCAACUGCUGGCGGGUUGUUCUAUUGGACUUAUUUAUAUACACCCCCAAAAUACAAGGUUGUCCUAUCAUUCAUUAUUGGAUGGGCUAAUUCUUUGGCCUUGAUUGCUGGUGUUUGUUCCAUUGCGUAUGGUUUUGCAGAGGAAGUUUUGGCUGCUGUCGUGAUUCAAAAAGAUGGUGAUUUUGAAAUCACUAAUGGCAAAACCUAUGGUGUUUUUGUAGGCGGGGUUAUUGUCAUGGUUAUUUUAACUGCUGUUGCAUCCACCGCCAUUUCGAGAUUGCAAACUUUUUCAAUCGUUUGUAAUUGUUUUAUUAUUGUUUUAUUGUUCAUUGCAUUGCCAAUUGGUACCAAGAUAAAUAGAGGUGGAUUUAACGAUGGCAAAUUUAUAUUUGGUACUUUUGAAAAUUUUUCUGACUGGAACAAUGGUUGGCAAUUCUGCCUAGAAGGCUUCAUGCCUGCUUGCUGGACUAUCGGUGCCUUUGACUCUUGUGUCCAUCAAAGUGAGGAAGCCAAAGAUGCUAGUAAAGCCGUGCCUGUUGGUAUCAUAGGCUCUAUCACGGCAUGUUGGGUAAUAGGAUGGCUAAUAUGUAUUUGUUUGAUGGCUUGUAUCGAUCCGGAUUUGGAAAGAAUUAUUGAUAGUGAAUAUGGGUUUGCAUUGGCACAAAUUAUUUACGACUCCUUAGGUAAAAACUGGGCUAUUGCUUUUAUGUCAUUGAUCGCCUUUUGUCAAUUCUUGAUGGGUGCAUCCAUCAUGACCGCUGUCUCUAGACAGGUUUAUGCAUUUGCUAGAGAUAAUGGGUUGAUUUUCUCCAAAUAUAUUAAGAUGGUCAAAACUAAUAUUUCGGUUCCAUUUAAUGCAGUGUUAGCAUGUGGAUUUGGCUCCUUAGCCUUAGGAUUGCUAUGUUUGAUUGAUACUGCCGCUGCCAACGCAUUGUUCAGUUUGUUGAUUGCAUGUAAUUAUUUUUCUUGGGCUGUUACUAGUUCCUUAAGAAAUACUUGCGGCAAGCAUAUAUUUAAACCUGGUCCAUUCUACCUGGGCAAGUUUUGGGGACCAGCGGUUGAUUGGUUCAGUGUUUUGUUUCAAUGUUUUAUCAUUAUUUUAGUCAUGUUCCCCUCCAUGCAGCACGGCGUUACCAAAGAUACCAUGAACUAUGCUUGUGUGAUUGGACCCGGUGUUUGUAUUUUGGCUUGGGUUUAUUACAUAACCUAUCAAAAGAAAUAUUAUAAGGGACCUAUUUCCAACUUGAGUGACGAUGAAUAUAUCGACAAAGUUGGUACAGAUGUAAUUGACGAAAUAUUAUCUGUUAACGCUAAAGAACAAUGA